GCUUAUUUUGAUUCUCGUUUGGUGAUAAUUCCUAGACAAUUCACUUAUCAGAGCGAAAUUGUUUUAAAAUUUCCAUAUGCUUAUGCAAAUUGUAUACAUAUUAACAAAAAUAAUGCAUGAAUUGGUGUUAGUGUUUUUUCUUUUUAUUGUUCGUUAAUAUAAAUAUGUAUGUAUUUUUCUUUCAUGGAAGUAUAACUAGAUUACAAAAUCAUUUAAAUCCCGACUGAUUAUUAUAAUUAUCGCAGUGAUUUUUACGUGUCAUGCAUAUGGCCGCAUACAAGAAUAUGUAUAAAUAAAUGUACAUAUUUAUAUAUACUGUUGCAUAUUUAUUUAUUACCAUCUACAAUGAGACCUGUGAAAUGGGCAAUGUCUUCGUACUGAUAAUGAGCGCGUGCCAAUAUAAAGCUGUCUACUUAAAUCUAAAAACUGCGUGGCGUGACACUCGUCUGUACAAAUAAUAUUACCAAUAAUCAUUGGUAUACUAAGAAUAAUAAACAAUAAUAAACAACUUUUAAUUUGAAAAUUAAAUUUGAACAUGUGUUUAAAAGCAAAUAUCUACAUAUAUAAAAUAUAUGAAUUUCAGCAUCUUCAUCUUUUGGCGCUACAGGUCUUUGUAAGCUUUUGUCUGCUGAACUGUACCCUCCAAACAUUUCGGUCAUUUGCCGUUUCUUUAUAAUUAUGAUUGCUAAGCCUUUUCAUUUAUUCUUUUUAUUCAUAGUUCAUCAGUCCUUCUCGAUAGCGGUUUUCCACUUGAUUCUGUGGUGAAUGCAAUGGCCUCUACAAUUUUCUUCUGUGCUUGCUUGUUAACAAGAGUCGUUACUUGACCGAGCCAUCUUAUCCACUGCUAUUUGAUAAAGCGUAUGACAUUUUUACCUUGUAUAAUCUGAUCUAGCUCACUGUUUUACCAUAUACAAACACAUCAUAGGUAAAACCUGUUAUAUACAUAUACCAUACUGAAGAUUUUUAAUCAACUUAAUCAAUAUUUACCAACAAUAUAUAUUUGCAGAAGUAACAAUAAACGAUUUUUGAGCAAAAAGUUGUAGUUAAAAAAAGUAUUUCACAUGUUAUACGAAAUUUUAUCACUUUUAAGUAAUUAAGGAAUUCCAAAUUCCUAUUUUAUUACACAAUCAGCACAGUUUCAGUAGUUAUCACAGAUGUAAAACUUUGUCGAAUACUACAAGUCAAAAGAAAUAAAUAUCUUCUUCAAAGCUUUUAAAAUCAAAAAUGUUCAUUAUUCAUUUUUAAUUCAGUUUUUAUUUGAAAAGUUUGUUCCCAAAUUUUUUUUUUAACAUAUAUAUAUACAUAUUAUUUCAAUGGAGGAUCCAAAUUCAACAUUGUUGCCAUAUCUUUUGGAGACACUAAGUCGCAAGCCAGAUCUCUGUGACACUUUUGAUCAUAUUUGCAAAGACAUUGAAGAACAACUAAUUGCUGAUAAUAAUACGCGCUAUGGAAAUGUUCGGAUCGCUUUGCAACGUGCUGUAAGUGUUGGUCAAUCGCUAGGAGUUUUAACUUUGACCAACGAAACCAUACGCAUGCCUUUCAAUUUUCGUUCAAGCACUGCUAAAAACACAAAAAUUGUACCAACAUCAGGGAACCUACAAGUUCAACAGCCAGCAAUAGGUACUGGAAACCCUGUGGUUCAAAAUGAUACUGAUAAGAACAGCAUAGUACCUUCGAAGACGCCUAAAUGUAACGUGCCAAACAAUUUUGAUGGCCGACGAGGUAACCCUGACUUUGGGUUUACAUCGCCUCAUCGUUCCAAAAAACUUCGAGGCCGACCAAGAGGACGCAGUUGUGCCCGGAAAUCAACAGCUAAACGAAGUUACUCACGCGGAAAGUCGGGACGUGGCCGCAAACGUGCCCGUAGUGCUAAUGGAAGAAAAAUUAAUAGAAAGCGGUAGAACUUGUGGUUUUAAUAUAAAUCAACUGUACUAAAUACAUUUUCUUGUGUUAUUUUUAUAUAAUGUACUUCAGAACUUUUCGUUUGACAAUAUGAUCAAAAGAAAUUAAACAAAAACUAGUAACGAAUGGCUAAAUUUGGUAUUUUACUGUUUUACAUAUAUUGAUGGAUAUUAACUUGGAUUUUACUUUAUUGCUAAUUUUAAUUCGCACGGGCUAAAAUUGUAUUAAAAACAUGUUC